AGCCCUGGCCGUGACGUCACUCUCCCAGAAUGCAUGGCUUCCAGCGCGGCGCCCAGCGGUCCAGGCCCGGACUCUAACAAACAUCUUUAAAGUUGAUCCAAAAUGUCGAUGUGGAGGCGGAAUGGAGGCUGGACUGAAGAACUGGACUGACGCACACUCGGUCUGUAAAGAUGAUGAGCUCCCUCUGUGAUUCCGUUUCUGUGACUGCGGUCUUCUGGGCUUCUGAAUACUAAAAUAGAUUGUGGGCCAACACAAGAGCUGUCCUCAGGAAACACACAGAACCAGUCAGAGCAUUCAAAGCUCCUCAUCACCGCAGCCCUUUUGGGGUUGCUAUGGCAGCUGCUGUCACAGAGACCAAGUGCUGGACACAGGCUUGCCUCAGUAAGGCAGGACAGACCACUAGUCAUUGCCGCAAGAGACCAUCAAACAGUCAACAAACAGCACUUAGCAUUAAUUCUAGCACUCUAAGUUAACAAAACGACCAAAGGUCCCGUAGGCUGAUGGUCAGCUCUCUGGAGAAUCCUCAUGAGUCUUGUCUGUGUCUGCUCAGGCUCUUGGCCAGAGUCUCUGUGCAGCAGCAGAGCCAGUACUGUUCCUUUUGUUAGACCAUGUUCCACCAGCAGGACCAUCUGAAGAGCCAGCUGCAGGAGAGCCAUCCAGCCAGCAGGCAGCUCUUCCACUGCCAGGAGUGUGGGAAGCAGUACAACACACAGCUGGGUUAUAGACGCCACCUGGUGGCAGCCCACGGUGCCGCAGCAGGCCUGCCCUGCCCAGAGGGGGCACCCUCCCUGCUGGAGCACCUUGGCAGCCAUAUUGACAGGCCUCCACCGUCAGACGGAAACACAAACACUGCCGUGCCGGUGAGAGAGAGGAAGUACUCAUGUGAGAGAUGCGACCGCCGAUUUUAUACUCGCAAAGACGUACGGCGUCAUGCCGUGGUGCAUACUGGACGCCGCGACUUCCUGUGCCCACGCUGUGCACAACGCUUUGGCCGCAGAGAUCACCUGACCCGCCACUUGAAGAAGAGCCAUGCCCAGGAGUCAGGGUUGAUGCCACCCUGUACACCCAGCACGCCUGUGGCUACACCGACCCCUGCCCCCCAGUGUCCAGUGAAGGAGGAGCCCAGCCCUGUGACCUCUGAUAUGAGUUCUGUCUCCAAGGAGCCUAUGGAGACUUACUCCAGGGACAUGUACAACUCCUACCCCAUGGCCAAUCCUGUCCCUGCUCUGGGGCACCCUCAUGGCCUCAUGCAAGGCUCCUUGUCCUCAAGUAUGGGUGUUGGUCGCCACAUGACCCCCCAGUCUUCUCACCCCCACCACCAUCAUCUGCAGCCCCCCGCGGCUCCGCAGCAGCAGCCCUACAGCAACAUGGCCAGGUACCAGCACGGAUCUACCUCAUAUCCUCGUGCUGACGUGGACAGUUUCCUGCUGGACCUGCAGAGCGCCCCCCCACCUCACCUGAGCGUGGCCAACUCCUCUACCUCUACUUCUGUCUCCCCUCAGAGGGAGGUGCUGGGUGAAGGGGUGGGUGCUGGUGGUGACCCUCACCUGCUGUCUAGGAGCCCUGCUAUCUCCUCAACCGAGCUGUCCUGCACCACUAACAUGGACCUUGGUCCUCUGCUGAGCUUUUUGCCUUUCAGCCUGCCGCCCUACAGCCCUCACAUGGGGAUGGGAGGGUUAGUGAUGAGCUACCCACCUGCCACCACCACCACUUCCUCUCCAUCCUCUUCUACUGGGCUGUCCUCCCAGGCCCCAGGGCCUUUCACUUUCUUCCAGCCUCCCCAGGCUCAUGUACCCCAGGGCCCCGGAGCCCACAACCACAGCCAGCUACCUCAGGCAUACAGCAGCCCUGCUAUGAGCACUUCCAGCUCCCUACCUCACUACUACCAGGCCUUUCAACAGUAAGCAGUUCUGUUCCCACAAAUGUUGCCUUCACACAAGCUCAUGGAUUGUUCAUGAAAAGGGUAAAACAUGAGACCGGCAUCUUUUAUUGUAAAACAAAUGUGUCACUUUAGCCUGUCAGCGCUAAUGAUGCUAAUCUUAGUUGUUUUUUGUUGAACACAACAAAUCACCUCAUCAGUAUUACCUCAUUAUUUAAAAAGGAAGCUUGAACCUUUGAGGAAAUGUAGAUGGUCUCACUACAACCAAAAUAGAAUAGUACUUCUUUUCAUCAGACUUGUUACCAACAGUGGAUGCACUUAACUCUUGUCACAGGUGCUGCACAAUGUGUGUGAGUCAUCCAGUUUUAGCUUAUUAUGGAAACUGAUACAGUGUUAGAGAAUCUUUUAUCUAGUCAUGUAUAUUGUUUAAGAAGUGUCCCCUUCCUUACUGAAGCUGAUUGAGAUUUUCUCAUUUUAGAAUAUUGGAGCAUAAACUGCCUUAUGGAAUGAGAACAGCUGGUGUAAAAUUGGCUCAGUUACAGUUAGUAAGUACAAGUUUAAAAAAAAAGAAAAAAGAGCAAAAAAUUUAAACAGCACUGUCUGAAUAUUAUAUCUAGAUAUGAUAUCUGGUGGUCAACCCGUUAAAAUAUGCAGUAAACUUUCAGUAAUAAUAGUAACUGAUGUGUCUGUAGUACCUGCAUCAGUGGAUCAACCAUUAUUUCAAUGGUGUCAGUCUAACCCUUUCUGUGGAAUUCAGUUAGGCCUUGUGGUCUAUUUUUAUGUCUGUCAUGGCAAUCAAUUCAACAGUUAACAAGUAUUGUGAAGCUCAGCCAUGCAGACCAAAUCUUGAAGAUACUGUAAACCCAUACAGUAAUCUAUGUCACACACUGUUACUGGACCUGCAAAAGCAAUUGAGUAACAUCAGAAUCUUAAAUUCUGAAGAUGAAGAAAAAAGAAACGGAGCUCCAAGUUAGAAUUCCACAUUGGAAGAUUCUUCAAUGCAUUUAUGAGGUCACAUCAGCAUGGCGACAAAGUCUCAUGCUGCUGUAUUUGCUGUAUUCCACAACAUCACUAAUAUUAAAACGCACUUAGGUUUCAUUUUCAGCAUGGCAGGUAAUACCAAAUCACACUGCUGUCUAUGUGCAAAACAAGUUCUGACUUCGUGGACUUGAACAUUUGGCAUGCUAGGUACUGUUCAGACAAAGGCGUGUUGCUCAGAAGAAAUGUGAAGAAAUGAACUCCAUGUGUUCAAUUUACUGUGUCAUUUAACAUAGUUCCACUUGUGAGACACUGACUGCAAGUGGCUACCCAUAGGUGACUGUGGUCAGUCACACUUCAUCUGUUUCCCCCCUGUCCAGCGUACUCCCAGUAACCUUAGUGUGCCUUUCUGUCUGAACGGGGCCUCAGAGAGCAGCUGUCUGUCGUAUGACCCGUCAUGUUAAAAGGUCAGGCUGAGAACUCUGCAAUGUACAGUUGCCAACACUCUGUGCUACCCAGGUCACUGUCCCUUUUUAAAAUCCAUAAAGGCACAUAUUUUCUGUAGUGUUCUGGAAAUUAGUUUCGACAGCCAUCCAGCAGAGCCCAUACUGAAUUGUUCAUGUAAUUUGUUAGAGAAAUAACAAUUCACGUGGUGGUCGCAGAUGACCAUCCAAGAACUAUGACACUUCCUAUGAUUGAAAGAUGGAAAGCUUUCACCACAAACCAUCCUCCAACCUGUGGGAGCAUAAAAUAUUUUCAAUUUCACUUCUAUGCUCACACCUCAUGUUAUAGUAAGGAACAUAAAAGCACUUUGUGAUAUGUUGAUCUAUCUAUAUCAGCCAGCCCAGUCUAUAUUUCCAUAUUUUCCAUAGAGAAGGUGGAAGCCUAGCUACAUGAUGUGACCUGGGACACGUGGGAACAGCACUGUAAUUUAGGGGAAGUCUCUUCUGCAUACCUCUUUUGUACGUUUCUAACUGGACCACUGGAUCCGAGCAGGUUCUAACCUACUUGUUGUGAAUGAAAUUCUGAAUAGAAUGCAGCAUAAAUCCGACAAAAGCCUUCCAGAGCACUUGUACCUAUUUCUGACCUUUUUACUAUGUCACUGUUUGUACUGACACCCAUUCCUCCGAGGCUGUGGUACUGGAUCUCAAGUGUUUCUGAUGUAAUGAGGACUAAAAGGCUACCCCACCCACCCACUCUUGUCCUGGCCUCCUGUGUGCUCAGGAAAGCCAGAGAAGGGACGCAGUUGAGGAACUGUUGGUCUGUUGAGAUUCAGUGUUCCUUCAACACUGCAGCAUGAGAAAAAAAUGGAUCUUAACAUGGCAGCCUACCAAUAAUGGACGCUCCACUUGAGAAAUUGGUCAAGUGUGGUGGAGAUAGAGGAACCCUCCUGCUGGAUGUUGUGAGUGAUGUGAGUUUGGAAAGAAGAUAUUUAGGGAGAGUCUGAUGAUCGUGAUCUCUCUUCUGUCACCUUAAUUCCAUGAACUUUAUGUUGAAGGACAUUUCUUCCUAGCAUUGAAACCAGCCUCCAAGUGUUGCACCAAUGUCUUAAAAUGCUACUGUUGUGCCUCUCUAAGAGUGUCUAAUCUCUUGACAGGGUUUAAGCACUUAUGACAUUUCUAGAAAAGGAUGAAUUUGAUCUGUACCUCAAACACGCAGAACUGUGGGUUUCUGUUUUUAUUUGUAUUUGCUUCUAGUUAUUUUUGGCUCUUGUGCCAUUAGAUUGAAACUAUAAAGGUAGAUUUUAUGAAUCUAAACUCUUUAUUUAGCAGCAGACAUUGACAUUAUAAUUCAGUCAAACUUUCUACCUCUAUCUUGUCAUAUCUUUGUGCAAAAUCAUUAGACAUAGUUUUAACCUGUAACAAUUGGGCAGUUUUUUUUUCUUUCUCUCUUUCUCUUUUUUUUGUUUUUACCACUGUUGAAGAUGGGGUUAUGUUCACAAUUCAACUUUGAAGGACCAGGUACACACAAGUCCUGUUGGUGUAUUCCAGGGUCAAACAUUGUUCUCUAUACUUGCCUUUAAUGAUAUUUCUACUUAUUUACUACCUCAGAAAGAGACAGGUGACUGUCCAUCUAACUGCAGAGAAAAUGUCUGUGUAGAGUUUUAUUUUUGUCAGAAGAAGCACAUGUACUUUGUAGCUGCAUAGUUUUUUACUGAGAUUAGCUCACAGCAGAAUGAUGUCUAGUGCAAGUACCAGUUCACACUGCACUUGCUUUUCUGAUGCCAUCUCUGCCUCCUCAGUCUGGAAUGUUGAAUCUGGCCUCAGUCUAAGGGAAUUCCAGUUACAUGUUAGGAUUUACACACAAGACUUUGGUACUGUGGACACUCACUCUAAGCAUUUCACCUGAAGGCAGCGUCGUCACUAACUAUUCCAAAUUGAUGUUCCUGCUCUGAGUAAUGCAGACUUAUCAAGAACUAUGCCAAACACUAGCUUGGGUCCAGCCUUGCCGCUGUGCUGCUUCUCUUUAAGAUCAUUGUGAAUUGAUACUUGCUUAUCAAUACACAAGCAACCUGAACACAUCACUGUGGGUGUGGAAAGUGAUGGACAUUUGUCGUUUUCUGACUUGUAUAAAAAUGUCCAUCUGAUGUCUCCGCCUACAGCAGACAGCUGAAAAGUUGAAGGUAUGCGCCACACGAGCAUUCCAAACUGAAGGUAGAGAUGUAGAGAUUUGGUGCAGCGCAGAGAUACAGAGAACACCGGGAUUCAUUUCACUAAAUGAUCAUUCAGUACUGUCGGGUUGCCUGCAUUUAGAUCGGCUCUCAGAACCACUACAAUGCAGGUUUCACCACCUUUAACUUAGAUAUGUUUUGCGUUAGGUGUUUGUAUUAUCACUUAAUAGAUUAGAAGACAGUGAAAAGAAAAGGAGUUGUCAUUUUCUGAUUGUCUGAGCAUAAAGUAAUACAAAAUAAAUCUUUAGAUUUC